CCAUCUCUUUCCAUCUCACAUUACAACACCAUUCUAUUUCCAAAUGCAUAUUACAUCUCAAUUUCCUCUCUCUCACUUUGUUUUAGAGAGAGAAAGAUAUGGUGUGGUUCGGGUUGUGCCUAAUUCUACUAGCGGUGGUCACUGGCGGCCGAAACAUGAUGGUGAAGGGAGUGAAUGUGAGUUACGACGGGAGGUCGCUUCACAUCGAUGGCCAACGCAAGAUUUUGUUUUCGGGUUCAAUUCAUUAUCCUCGAAGCACUCCUGAUAUGUGGCCAUCUUUGAUAGAUAAAGCCAAGCAAGGUGGUCUAGAUGUCAUACAAACCUAUGUGUUUUGGAACCUCCAUGAGCCACAACCUGGCCAGUAUGAUUUUACUGGAAGAAAUGACAUAGUAAGUUUCAUUAAGCAAGUCCAACAACAAGGUCUUUAUGUAAGUCUUCGAAUAGGACCAUUCAUCGAGGCCGAAUGGAGUUACGGAGGUUUACCAUUUUGGUUGCAUGAUGUUCCUGGCAUUGUCUUCCGAACCAACAAUGAACCAUUCAAGUUUUACAUGCAAAACUUCACAACCAAAAUUGUGGACAUGAUGAAGGCAGAGAACCUGUUUGCUUCACAAGGUGGCCCAAUUAUUCUAUCACAGAUAGAGAAUGAGUACCAAAACGUCGAAGGAUCCUUUCAUGACGACGGAUCACGAUACGUGAACUGGACCGCGCAAAUGGCGGUGGACCAAAACACGGGUGAACCGUGGAUGAUGUGCAAGCAAGAUGAUGCUCCGGAUCCUGUGAUCAACACUUGCAAUGGGAUGAAAUGUGAUGAAACAUGGAAAGGACCAAACUCGCCAAAUAAGCCUUCCAUUUGGACUGAAAAUUGGCCUUCUUUCUUACAAGGAUUUGGAGAAGAACCAUACAUGAGAUCAGCCCAAGAUCUGGCCUUUCAUACAACAAUGUUCAUCAUAAAGAUGAAUGGAACCUUUGUAAAUUACUAUAUGUUCCAUGGAGGAACAAAUUUUGGCCGAACUUCGGCAGCGUUUAUUAUUACAGGCUAUUAUGAUCAAGCUCCCCUUGAUGAAUAUGGUAUACUCAGACAACCGAAAUACGGUCAUCUUAAGGAUAUGCACGCGGCAUUUAAGCUAUGUUUGCAGACACUACUCUAUGGGAACCUCGCGAUUGAACAUUUGGGCGACAAUCAAGAUGCGUAUGUCUACACUGGAAACGCAGGCGAAUGUGUUGCAUUUCUUGUUAACAACAGUAGUAAAGAAGGUGUUGAAAUGGUGUUUCGUAAUACUUCGUACACUUUGCCAGCAAAGUCGGUUAGCAUCUUACCCGACUGCAAAAAUGUAGUCUUCAAUACUGGCAUGGUAAACACACAAGCUAGUACGCGAUCAAUGCAACCAGUCAUAAGGUUCGACUCGGCUCAACAAUGGCAGGCCUUUAGUGAAGCCGUGCCUCAGUUUGACCAGACCUCGUUGAGGUCGGAUACAUUGCUAGAACAAAUGAAUACUACGAAAGAUACGACAGAUUAUCUUUGGUACACAAUGAGGAUGGAGCUAAACUCAUCAGAAGCUCAAUAUAUGCUUCAUGUGAACUCUCUUGGACACGUUUUACGCGCAUACGUUAAUGGAGCUCUUGUCGGUUAUGCGCAUGGAACUCGAAAAGUUACAAAUUUCACGUUCGAAAACACCGUUUCUCUAUCAACCGGAAUCAACAACAUUUCUUUCCUGAGUAUAAUGGUUGGAUUGCCAGAUUCAGGUGCGUUUAUGGAGCGUCGAAGCGCAGGGUUACGUGAGGUGUUGAUUCAAGAACUCAACUUCACUAACUCCCCUUGGGGAUAUCAAGUCGGAUUGCUAGGGGAGACGCUAGCGAUUUACACAGACGAGGGGUCGAGUAAGGUCUCAUGGAGCCAAUAUCAAAAUCCUAGCACUAUAACUUGGUAUAAGACAACAUUUGAUGCACCAGAGGGCACCGAACCGAUUGCGUUGAACCUUGGUUCCAUGGGGAAAGGAGAAGUUUGGGUCAAUGGGCAAAGUAUUGGAAGAUAUUGGGUCUCCUUUAAGACCCCUUCAGGAUUACCUUCACAAACAUGGUACAAUGUACCUAGAUCUUUCCUUAAACCGUCAGGAAAUCUACUAGUUUUGUUCGAGGAAGAAUAUGCAAACCCAUUAAACAUUUCCCUAGAUACUGUUUCCAUCGACAAAGUUUGUGGGCGUGUAUCGGAUUCACAUCCUCCUAGGGUAAAUUCAAGGGAAGUAUCCGGUCACUACCGAUGGAGACCAAUGCCUAGAGUUCACCUGCGGUGUCCUAAAAAACAAAUUAUCUCGAAGAUUGUAUUUGCAAGUCAUGGUAACCCUUCAGGCGACUGCGAAAACUACUCCAUUGGGAAAUGUCAUUCGUCUAAUUCUCAACAAGUCGUUGAAAAGGCUUGUUUGGGAAGAAGGCAAUGUUCGGUUUCUCACACGCCAAAAUCUUUUGGUGAAGACCCAUGUCCAGGCACACCUAAAACACUUUUAGUGGAUGCACGAUGUGAAUAAGUAGUUUGCUUCGUUUGCACACAAAAUAGGAAGUAAUAAACGCACAACAAGCGAUAUAAAUUACAUGCUAAUUAACAUACUCAAAUUCAUUUAUUGUAUAUGUUCAUUUUGAAUGUACAUUGAUUAUAAACUCGUAUACAACUAAAGCAAUGAGAAUGCCAACUACAUGGUUUGGUUUUACUAAACAAAA